UGCGAAGGAAUCGCAGCCACAGGUCGGCCAGUUCCUGUGCUCACCACGUUUGUUGCCUCCAAGCAACCACCACUGCGGCGGUGCCGUGCCGCCGCUGGGGGCGUAAAAACCCCACCUUUUCUCCGCUCAGCGAGCGAGCGAGGCAUGGCUACCGUCGCCCCGGCGGCUCCCGGUGCCGGACGCCUCGCCCGGCCGCGGGCGGGGCUGCGCGUCGGGGCGAUGGCGGCGGCGGGGGCGGGGGAGGGGCCGUCUUGCCUCUUCGUGGGGCCCAUCGAGACGGCCAGCCAGGAGAUGCUCGAGGCGCUCUACCACCAGGCCAGGGAUUCCUACUACAGUGGCCAGCCUUUGAUUGUUGAUGACAUGUUCGACAAAGUUGAGUUGAAGCUCCGGGUCUAUGGAUCCCCAUCCGUAGUAAAGUAUCCCCGUUGCAGCCUCAAAAGGCAAUCGACGUACGCAGAUGCUGAGGAGGACAAAUCAAUGUUCAUGGCAUUGUCAAGCAUCUGGAUGCUGCUGUUCCUAUUCGGCACCUCAGCGUUUCUUGUUCCCAGUCUCUGUAUUCUAAGCCUCACUUUUGGGGAUGCAUUUGGAGCAAGGUAUCUCUUGUACGGAGCGAAAUCAUUUGACGCGAUAACAAGGGCAAAUGACAUGGUUUUAAUCGGUUUGGGCUAUCUGAUUGGUUAUCCAAUUGCAUCCGCAUCCGCUGGUGCACUACAAGGCUUAUUGACAAACAAUUUGGUUGCACUAAAAGGUUCUUGCCCAAAUUGCGGUGAGCAGGUGUUUGCAUUUGUCAAGACAGAUAAUUCCAUCAAAGCUCCCCACAGAGCAGAAUGCCAUGUAUGUGGCUGCCCACUGGAGUACCGAACUAAAGUUGAGAAAUCCUUGUCGGGACCUAGAACCUGGGUUUAUGGCAGAGUUUAUCUUGUGAAGCAAGGGCAUCCGAGGAAACGGAGAUGGUUAAAAGACUAAAUUGCCAGUGCUAGAUGCUGAAGAAAAUUUAGAGCAUGGCCUUAAGCUAUUUGUCUGUUCUGAUCAACUCAAACAUACUUAAAGAUGUCGCUCUUACUUCUCCAAUGUGCUUAUUGUUUCUAUAUGGUUCAACCAAUGUAUUUUGUAAAGUGAUACAUUCCUUCCAUAGAUUGCCAGAUACUGCACAUGAACAAAAUGUUAAAUUGAUGAUGCGGCAUUAUGAAUAAUGACACGCUCUCA